AUGUAUUCUUGGAUAGGAUCAAUUAUCGUAAUUUUUGUUUCUGUGAUAUUGGUCACGCACUUUCGAAGGUCAAAGUACAAAAAUUUUCCGCCAGGUCCAAUUGGUUUGCCAAUUUUAGGAUAUUUGCCGUUUCUAGGAUCAGAGCCGUUCAGAACUUUACACGAGCUUCGAAGAAAGAAUGGAAAUGUGUUUAGUUUAUACCUCGGACAAACUUAUGUGGUGGUGCUGGGAGAUUACAUUGCUGUGAAGGAAGCUUUCAGUCUGUCUUCAACUACUGAUCGACCGGAGAAGAUUUUCGACUUUUUACCAGAUGGAGUAGGGUUCUCCAGCGUAAACGGCGAAGAGUGGGUUGAACAGCGACGUUAUUGUGUGCGUGCCAUGAGAGACCUGGGAUUGGGGCGAAGUAAUUGGGAACGAUCUGUCCAGGCAGAAGUAGAAGACUUUGUAAGCCUGAUUGAAAAACAAAAUGGUCUUCCGAUCGAUGUCUGCAAACUGUUAAGUUCCAGCGUUUCCAACAACAUUUCUUCUCUUCUCUUUGGUAAGCGCCUGCCUGUUGGUGAUCCGACCAGAGAUCGUAUGGACCAAGGCAUCAACGUAGUGUCACGGUUCUUCAGUCAAUCCGGGCUUCGGCUCUACUUCCCUUUUCUCGUUGAUGUUUUGGUGAAGCUUGGAAUCACCGAAUAUGCAAGGAUUCACCAAAAACUCGUGGAUUUCAAUCGUUUCAUUAGGGAAGAAGUACAACAACGUAAAACUGUUACUAAGAAUGAGGAUCUUGACAUUUUUAUCGAUGGUUACAUACAGGAGAUGGAAAAAUGCAAAAGCAUUCCAGGAAGCACUUUUAACGAUAAAAACUUAUGUGGAAAUGUUCAAGCUUUGCUCGUUGGCGGUAGCGACACUACGAGGACCUCCAUCAAUUGGCUUCUUUUAGCAAUGGCCAGUUUCCAACACAUUCAGAUGCAAGUCCACGCAGAGCUAGACACCGUUCUGGGAAAGGAAGGCAAAAUCACGUGGUCGGAGCGAGCAAGAGUGCCCUACACGUUCGCCGCCAUCAUGGAAGGACAAAGAUGGAAGACAGUGGCUCCAAUUAACACGUCAAGAAUUGCAAUGGAUGACAUAAGGAUAUGCGGGUACGACAUCCCAAAAGGCACGACGAUAAUUGCAAACAACUGGGGACUGCACAACGAUACAAAAUAUUGGAAAGAUCCAGAAGUGUUUGAUCCAAAACGCUUUCUGACUGAAGAUGGUAAACAAUUAAAAUUAAGGCCAGAGAGUUAUGUUCCAUUUUCCUUCGGUAAACGGAACUGCCCCGGAGAGACAGUAGCCUUGAUGGAAAUACUCCUCUAUUUUGCAACCCUAAUGCAAAAGUUUGAGGUGUUACCUCCACAUGGAUCAAGACCAAAGAUGGAUGCUAUUCUCGGACUGACUUAUCAAGCAGUCGAACAAAAACUGCGCUUUAUUCCCAGACAAUAAGUAGCAGAAAAUAGUUGACAGUAAUGAAGUACAGCAGAUGAGCCUCGUUUAUCCGGACUAACUGGGACCAAAGGCAAUCUGAGUAAUAUGUGAAAUAAGCAAAAGAAAUCUUAAACAAGCAGACGUACCUUUUAUUACAGCAAAAAACAAUGCUUUGUAACAAAAUUACAUAGGAAUGUUUCGCGACAAACUUAUUAGUUCAGCUGGAGUGGUGCCGAACUGAU